AUGACUGGCCGUGCGAUGGACCCGCUGCCUCCCGCGGCGGUCUCGGCGGCAGCUGAGUUGGAGGCUGACGGGGAGGCGGGUCCCCCAGCUGCAGACGUGCCUACGUCCUGGGGGACCGAGCAGACGGACCCGGAGCCCACUCGGAUGCAGAUGACGCAGGGGAACCCACUGCUGCUGACGCACAGCCUGCAGGAGCUGCUGGCCCGUGACACCGUGAGCGUGGAGCUCAUCCCAGAGAAGAAAGGCCUCUUCCUGAAACACGUGGAGUAUGAGGUGUCCAGCCAGCGCUUCAGGUCGUCCGUGUACAGACGGUACAAUGACUUCGUGGUCUUCCACGACACACUGCUGCACAGGUUCCCGUACCGCAUGGUGCCGGCCCUUCCGCCCAAGAGGAUGCUCGGAGCCGACAGGGAGUUCAUCGAGGCCCGGAGACGGGCCCUGAAGCGCUUCAUCAACCUGGUGGCCCGGCACCCCCGCUUCUCCGAGGACGUGGUCCUGAAGCUGUUCCUGUCCUUCAGUGGCUCUGAUGUGCAGAACAAGUUAAAGGAGUCGGCUCAGGGUGUUGGGGACGAGUUCCAGCGGUGCAAACUGGCCGCUCGUGCCAAGGACUUCCUCCCAGCUGACAUCCAGGCCCAGUUUGCGGCGAGCCGGGAGCUGAUUCGAAACAUCUACAACAGCUUUUACAAGCUCCGGGACCGGGCCGAGCGGAUUGCUUCCAGGGCCAUCGACAACGCUGCUGACCUUCUCAUAUUUGGGAAGGAGUUAAGGCAGGUGGCCUUUGCUCUGGGGUCUGACACGACCCCGCUGCCCCCCUGGGCCGCUCUGAGCAGCAGCGUGUGGGGGUCCCUGAAGCAGGCGCUGAAAGGCCUGUCUGUGGAGUUUGCACUACUGGCUGACAAAGCUGCACAGCAGGGUAAGCAGGAGGAGAGCGACGUGGUGGAGAAGUUGAACCUCUUCCUGGAUCUACUCCAGUCCUACAAGGACCUGUGCCAGCGGCAGGAGAAGUGCGUGCUGCACCGGCACCAGCGGGCCCUGCACAAGUACAGCCUCACAAAGCGGCAGGCGACGAGCGUAGCGCAGGGCGCGGAGCCCGAGUCUGCAGACCGGUUGGAGUCCCGCAUCAUGGAGCAGGAGAACGCCAUCCAGACCCUGGAGCUGCGCACACACUUCUCCUUGUACUGUCUGCACCAGGAGACGCAGCUGGUACACGCCUACCUGCCGCUCACCUCCCACAUCCUCGGAGCCUUUGUGAACUCUCAGAUCCAGGGCCACAAGGAGAUGAGCAAGGUGUGGGAUGACUUGAAGCCCAAGCUGCACUGCCUGUUUGCUGGACCAAGUGGUGCCCCGACGGUGCCUCAAACCCCCCAGGAGGACCGCCUGCUUCCUCGCUAG